AGAAAAGAAAAGGACAGACAGACAGAAAGGGUCAGGGUCCUGAAGCAGCCGGACAUCCUGAAAAUCUGAUCCCCAUCUUGACAGCCUCUUCUGAAAGGCCAUAUAUAGCCUGGCACAGAGGGCACAGGACAGAAAACUGCUGAGCACAGCUCGCUUUGACUCUGAGGAGAGAUCGUCUUGCAGUCCUAGGGAGCGCCCAUCACCUGUGCCCUGCAGACAGUGCUUGCUGACACCACCAUGCCAAGCCGGACCCCUAUCCCUGCGUUCUGCUGCUUCCUUCUCCCCUGGGCCUUCACCAGCUUUCACAAAGCCCUGGGGAACCCUGCCCCCCAUCCGGGUCCCCACUAUCUCCUGCCCCCCAUCCACGAGGUCAUUCACUCUCGUCGUGGGGCCACGGCCACACUGCCCUGCGUCCUGGGCACCUCGCCUCCCAGCUACAAAGUACGCUGGAGCAAAGUGGAACCCGGUGAGCUGCGGGAAACGCUAAUCCUCAUCACCAACGGACUGCACGCCCGGGACUAUGGGCUCCUGGGAGGGCGCGCCAGCUUGAGGAAGGGGCAUCGGCUGGACGCCUCCCUGAUCAUCAAGAACGUGCGUCUGGAGGAUGAGGGUCGGUACCGCUGCGAGCUCAUCAAUGGCAUCGAGGACGAGAGCGUGGCACUGACCCUGCGCCUGGAGGGUGUGGUGUUUCCCUACCAACCCAGCCGGGGCCGCUACCAGUUCAAUUACUUCGAGGCGAAGCGGGCGUGUGAGGAGCAGGACGGACGCCUGGCCACUUACGGCCAACUCUACCAGGCGUGGACCGAGGGGCUGGACUGGUGCAACGCCGGCUGGUUGCUCGAGGGCUCCGUGCGCUACCCUGUGCUCACCGCGCGGGCUCCGUGCGGCGGCCACGGGCGGCCAGGCAUCCGCAGCUACGGACCCCGCGACCGCAGCCGCGACCGCUACGACGCCUUCUGCUUCACCUCAGCCCUGGCAGGCCAGGUGUUCUUCGUGCCCGGGCGGCUGACGCUGUCAGAAGCCCACGCGGCUUGCCGGAGGCGCGGAGCUGUAGUAGCCAAGGUUGGGCACCUCUACGCCGCCUGGAAGUUCUCCGGGCUGGAUCAAUGCGACGGAGGCUGGCUGGCGGACGGCAGCGUUCGCUUCCCCAUCACGACGCCGCGGCCACGCUGCGGGGGUCUCCCUGACCCCGGGGUGCGCAGCUUCGGCUUCCCCCGACCCCAGCAGGCGUCCUAUGGUACCUACUGCUAUGCCGAGAAGUAGGAGUGCGACAGAGUGGCGGGUCCCCUCUGGACAGACGAAGGUCCAGCCCUCACACCUGCCUUCCCCAGGCCAGUGCGGUGCUUCGGGGGUUCCUGGGUAAAGGGGUGUCCUGGGCAUUAACUGACCAAUAAAAUAACAUGGCACCUUCUUUGUUCCAUAAGAACAAACAUAUAUUGCAUCUAUGGCUCAGCAAUAUACUGGGUUUGUGAUUAGAGAGCACCCACAACACGAAGGACAGAGGAGAGGAAGGAGGAGAGGAAGUCUCAACAGGCCUGGCCAUCUACGGGAGAACCCAGGCUGCCCUUUAUGUCUAACCAGUCAGUCACCCAAAGGUUUCUUAUUCAAAGUUUCCAGGAGCACUGCAAACUUCCAGAGCUGUCUGAGUCCUACAAAACAAAUAUUCAAACUAACCUCAUUUCUAAAUGUACUUAGCACUUGCAAGGUCUGUUUGAUUUAGUUUAUUAAUUUUAUUUAUUUUGAGACAAGGCCUCUCAAGCUUUCCUUGACUGUCCUAGAACUUCCACUGUAGACUAGGCUGGCCUUGAAUUCACACACAUCAGCCUUCCUCUGCCUCCUAAGUUCUGGGAUCACAUCCGGCUAAAGUCUACAAUGAAAGAUGGUAAAUUCCGUGUGGACUGAGAACUCAGCAGCUAAGCUACCUUGAUGUUCUUUCGGAGGACGAGGACCCACAACCAUCGGUAACGCCAGUUCCAGGGACUCCGACACCCUCUUCUGACCUCCACAGGCACCAGGCAGGCACACUGUGAGCUUGUAUACUAUAAUAAAUCCACUUGCGAGAGAUACAGUCAACCAUGCUGAUAAAGACAGUUAAAGGCAAAUGCGUCCUUUAUUUUUGGCUGUGAUCAAGGGUGGCUCUGAGUCUCUUGGUACCCUAAGCUCAGGGGUACCAAGAUACAAACCACAUCAGUGUCAGAUGAGAGUCAGAGGAAACUUGCAACAUUUGUUUUUGGCAGAACAUAGUAGUUACUUCAUGCAUAACAUAGCAAUUAUUUUUUACGUAUACCUUCUAAACAAUAAUUAUUUUGGUUAACGCAUCUGGGCUAUGCUCAGAGUCAUGGAAGUCCCCGAAGUGUAGAUUAUGCGGGGAAGGGCAAGGGGCUGAGAAGUGUCUAAGCAGAGCAAAACGGAGUCAAGACAAGGCAGUCUUGACAUUUCACUCAUCCAUUUAUUUCAGUUACUUUUAAAUCAUUGGUUUUUAUGAGGAGUAACAAUCAGUUAAUUAACAAUCAGUUAAUUAGGCAGGGCCUGAUCAUUAGACCUAGGAGGACAAGGACAAACAGACCCCUGGGCCUGUGAAUAAGUUGUCGACCAUGGAUUCCAAUGAAGCUAUAGAAACAGGGACUUUUGGUCUUUUUUUAUUUAUUAUUUCUAAGGACCAACUGUUAUUUGGUGUAUAGUCAGGCCUGAAUUAUUAAAGAAAUCAGGUAAAAAAAAAUUAAACCGAUCAUGUUUAGAUACAGCAGAGCUAGUAAAAUCUUGUCAGGGUCCA